UAUAAGAAUAGAAAAAGAAAAACAAUAAUGGAGAAGUUGAGGAAUGGAGUAUUAUUGAUGACAGUGUUUGUAGCGGCAGCCGUGGUCGUGGAGGUCGCUGCGGCACAGACGGUUCAUGUGGUCGGAGAAAACAUGGGAUGGACCGUUCCUAGGACCGGUGGUUCCACUGCCUACACCGCUUGGGCCUCUUCCAAGAGGUUCAUGGUCGGUGAUAUCUUGACAUUCAAUUUCCCGACGGACAUACACGACGUACUAAGAGUGACAAAGGAAUCAUAUGAUGAAUGCACUUCGACGAAUCCCAUCGGAGAUCUCAUCGUUAACGGUCCCGCCAACGUCACCCUCUCCUCCUCCGGUGACCAUUUCUUCAUCUGCACCAUCGGUCGCCACUGUCUCUCAGGCCAAAAACUCUCCAUCUCCGUCACCGGCAGCGGCGGUGGCAUAUUGGAAAAACUACAGUGUCCACCGCCGGAGGAUGGAUCCUCCGGAGGACCGAUGACUGGUCCUCCGUCGCCGUCUUCCUCCUCCGUCUUGGCUAGUUCGUUCUUCAUGUCUGUCGUUUUUGUUGCUGUGAGUAUGGUUGUUUAA